AUGGUGAAGGCUGUGGUAGUUCUUGGCAGCAGCGAGGGUGUCACUGGAACUGUUUACUUCAGUCAGGAGGGAAAUGGUCCAACCACUGUAACUGGCUCUCUUGCUGGUCUUAAGCCUGGUCUCCAUGGCUUUCAUGUCCAUGCCUUGGGGGACACUACCAAUGGAUGCCUGUCAACUGGACCACAUUUCAAUCCUAAUAACAAGGAGCAUGGUGCCCCUGAGGAUGAGAAUCGUCAUGCUGGUGAUCUAGGGAAUGUAAAUGUUGGUGAUGACGGUACCGUCAGCUUCACUAUUACUGACAGUCAUAUUCCUCUCACUGGACCAAACUCCAUCAUUGGGAGAGCUGUUGUUGUGCAUGCUGAUCCUGAUGAUCUUGGGAAAGGUGGUCAUGAGCUUAGCAAGUCUACCGGAAAUGCUGGUGGCAGAGUAGCCUGUGGUAUCAUUGGUCUGCAAGGAUAA